GAGGAAGUGGAGAAAGUGAAAUCCCGUUUCUGAGCCGUAUUCACGCGAGAGGUGGUUUGCUUUAUAAACUGCUGCCUCGCGCUGCGCCUGGUUCCCCCAGCUUUCCUGUUGAAUACGCUCAAGUCGAGUAGUCAAAAAGGCUCCAACAAGUUUGCAAAAGAUGGCUGCAGGCAAAGCUCAAAUCGGAAAGAUGGCUCCAGAUUUCACAGCUAAAGCUGUGAUGCCAGAUGGCCAGUUCAAGGACCUGAAACUAUCUGACUACAAAGGCAAAUAUGUUGUCUUCUUCUUCUAUCCACUGGACUUCACUUUCGUGUGCCCAACUGAGAUCAUCGCAUUCAGUGAUGCGGCAGACGAAUUUAGGAAAAUUGGCUGCGAGGUCAUCGCCGCCUCCGUUGACUCUCACUUCUGCCACUUUGCAUGGACCAACACUCCACGUAAGGAGGGUGGUUUGGGUGCCAUGAAGAUCCCAAUGGUGUCUGACACGCGACAUACCAUUUCCACGGAUUACGGUGUUCUGAAGGAGGAUGAAGGCAUUGCCUACAGGGGUCUAUUCAUCAUUGAUGACAAGGGGAUCCUGAGACAGAUCACAAUCAACGACCUUCCCGUCGGCCGUUCUGUUGAGGAGACCUUGCGUCUGGUUCAGGCCUUUCAGUUCACUGACAAACACGGAGAAGUGUGCCCUGCCGGCUGGAAACCAGGAAGUGACAGCAUCAAACCUGACGUCCAGAAGAGCAAAGAGUUCUUCUCCAAACAGUGAUAAGCCCAAGGCCAAAGUCUGCUCCCUCCUCUAAGAGAUUUCAUAUCCAUAUUUGCAGAAAAUACAUUUUUUAUAUUUCGUUUGUGGAGUGAGUUUUAGUAAGCAUGUUCCAUUUCAUUGUCUUGUGCAUCAUGAAGACCAAACUGUAUUGUUUUGAGGUUUCAUAUACUGGUAGCUAAAUGUCUUUGUAAUUCCUUAUUGUAAAACCAUGAAGUGGAAAUGAAUCCACAA